AUGUAGAUUAGAUGUACCUAAGCUGAUCAUCGAAAUCAAUAGAUAAUUGGACUUUGCAUAGAUAGCAAAUGCCCAAAUUAAAGACCUUAUUGUCAUUUUUGCUUGCCUCAACAUGGUCAACAUCUUGAAAGAUUAACAACUUAAGAACUUUUUAAUGAAUGGAUUUAACUACGAAUCCUUAGUGUUCAAAAUGUAUAAAAGAAUGUUUAAGAGUGUAAAUUAUCUCUUGAUUGUCUUCUCAAUUUUUUGAUUCCUUAUCUUAACUUUAAUAUAUAGUAAUUCUCAGAAAUAGGAAUUUCAUAGAUUGAUAAAAUUAUAAAAGGGUAUUGUUAAUGGGAAGGUUGCGAAGAAAUAUUAUUUAAACAACUUAAUUAGUCUAUUGAAUAAAUCAAAUAGAUAAUUGAUUAGAUAUUAAAAAAAAUAAAGAAUCAAACAAAUGAAAAGGAAUAGUGUAAUUUAAAAUUUCAACAUUUAGAAGGAAAAUAAUUAAUAUUUUAAUAGUCAUAACAACUAAGUAACUUUAAAACAAAUUCAGACCAAUGCUCCUUUGAGCUCAUGAAUUAGCAAUCAAUUAAAUAAGAUAAAUAUUCUCAUGCUAUAGCUUUUAAUAAAGAUUUAUCUAUCGUAUUAGCUGGAUGUAAAAAGGACAUUAAAGUAUUUGAAUAUCAAUAAGGAAAAUUGAUUCAAGUUUAAUUGUUGAGUAAGCAUACAGAUGAUGUGUUUACUUUAAAUUUUAUGAAAAAGACAAAUAAUUUUGUAUCUGGAAGUUUAGAUAA